UAGGAGAACGUACACGAAAUUGCGAAUGGCUGAAUAGGUUAUUCUCAAACUAAAUACUCGUUCAGACGCAUAAACUCUAACGUAUGAAUACUGUUAGAUUCUAUUAACAACCAUGUAUUCCAGCGACGAUUAUAAUGAGGGAGGUUACGAAUCCUAUGGCGACUAUGAAGCACAGUCCACAGAACACUACGAGCCGGAAUAUGACAGGUCUUCUUAUUAUAAAAUGCCUGACAUGGUCAAGAAAUUCCUUGUUUACUUUCGCAACAUGAUUAAUGAAGGUGUAACAUAUGAGAUCCUGAACCUCUAUGAGAAUACCUUCCCCACACUCACUGAGAAAUACUUUGAAAAUACACCUUGGCCAGAUGAAGAUGAGGUCUCACCUAUUGUGGACAAUGAUAAUGUAUUCAUGAUCCUAUACAAAGAACUAUACUACCGUGACAUCUAUGCAAGAGUCCCUGGAGGACCAAAACCAGAGCAGCGCUUCCACUCAUUUUACAACUACUGUGACUUAUUUAAUUACAUCCUCUCUGUAACUCCUGUACCUCUCGAGUUGCCCGACCAGUGGCUGUGGGAGCUUAUUGAUGAAUUUGUUUAUCAAUUCCAAUCUUUUGCCCAGUACAGGUCUCGUACCACAAAGUUGAGUCCAGCUGAAAUUGAAGCUCUUAAUACUGAGAAUAAGGCUUGGAACGUACUGUGCAUCCUCAAUGUUCUGCACUCUCUCGUAGACAAGUCUAAUAUUAAACGUCAGCUUGAGGUAUAUGCAUCUGGUGGUGAUCCUGAUUCUGUGGCUGGCGAGUUUGGUCGUCAUUCUUUGUACAAAAUGCUGGGAUACUUCUCCCUAGUUGGUCUCCUGCGUCUGCACUCAUUACUUGGUGAUUAUUACCAAGCCAUUAAGGUACUUGAAAACAUUGAACUUCAUAAGAAGUCUCAAUACUCUCACGUGCCGGCGUGUCAGAUCUCCACGUCAUACUAUGUCGGAUUCGCGUACAUGAUGAUGCGUCGGUACGCCGACGCCAUCCGCACCCUCUCUUCUGCGCUGCUAUACAUGCAACGCACUAAACAAUUGUUCUCCUCCCGUUCCUACCAGAAUGAUCAGAUCAACAAACAGACCGAGCAAAUGUACCAUUUACUGGCCAUUUGUUUGGUCUUGCAUCCGCAGUGCGUUGAUGAAUCCAUCCAGCAGGUGCUUCGAGAAAAGAACUACCAUGAGAAGAUGUUUAAAAUGCAAUAUGGAGACCUAGGUGAAUUCGAGAGCUGCUUUACUUUCGCGUGCCCCAAAUUCUUAUCGGCGUGUCCCCCGCCCAUUGAACCCGGUGCCAACUAUGGCCGUGAUGCUGUCAAACACCAGACCCAAGUCUUUAUGGACGAGGUCCGUCAACAAAAAAUGCUUCCGACCAUACGUUCCUAUUUGAAACUAUACACCACCCUCCCGAUGGCGAAACUAGCUGCAUUCAUGUCUGCUGCUCGCGGCAGUGAGCGUGACGCGGCACGUGAGCAUGCGGCUCUCGCCAUUCACUUGCUCUGCUUCAAGCACAAAAUGAAGAACGUAGUUUGGACUAAAGGCCCCAGUGGUCUCGAUGGAAAAUUCCAAAGUGGUUCUGAGUUGGAUUUCUACAUCGACAACGAUAUGAUUCAUAUCGCAGAUACGAAAGUGGCUCAUCGCUAUGGUGACUUUUUCAUCCGCAAGCUGUUGAAGUUUGAAGAACUAAAUCGAAAACUACACCAUAUUAAAAUUUAAAAUGGCCAUUGUAUCAAAACAUUUACAAAUAAAAUAAAUGAUUUAUACUAAAAUGUCUUUAAA